UGGCCUCAGUCCACACACUCCAGGCUCCGCGUCUCGCCCGGCGCCCGCGUCGGCCGGCAAGAGCUCACGGAUGAUCGACGCCCUCCAAACCGAGCUAGAAUCGACAAAAGCACAGCUUGAGCGGGCCAAGGGCGAGGUUCGGAACUGCCGUAGAGAGAUUGGCACGCUUACACGACGGAGCGAGGAUCUCCGCGAGACGCGAGACCGCAUGCGCAGCGAGGCCGAGUCGCUCAACAAUGUCAUCAGUCGCAAGGAGCGCAUGAUUGCCGAUAUCCUUGGUCGAGCUCGCACGGCCGAAGCCGCCGUCGCCCAGCAUGCCAGCGAACGCAAGGAGCUCGAGGCGAAGACAAAGAAGGCGGUCGCAGACGCUGCCGCCGAGGUUGUCAAUGCGGUGGCCGCACGGGAGAAGGCCGAAUCCGAGAGCGAUUCUCUCAGAGAUUCUGUCAGAUCUCUUCGCGACGAGUGGGGUAGACAGGCCAAAGGCUACCGUGACGAGCUGUCCCAGCUGCGCGAUGAGCGAGACAACGUCGCCGGGAAGAGCCAGGCGGUUCUGACCCUGGUGGAGAAGCAAUCGGAGGAGCACAAGAAUGUUGUCGCCCUUGUUGAUGAGGUCAAUGCCAAGCAUCUUGCUGCGACCAAGGCAUUUGAGGUUGAAGUCAAGAGCCUUCGAGGAGAGUUGUCAAAGAGCGUUAAAGAAGCCGAAGAUGCGCGGUACAUUGCUCGCACACUUGCGGCCGAACUCGCAAGACUUAGACGGCUUGCGCGCCAGCCGCCGCGCGCAGACCUGGAGGCUGUUAUUGCCGCCGAAGUUCAGGCAGUUGUUAGCGGAAGGGACCUCCUCGAGAGUGAACCCGACCAACUGGAUCACCUUAGCAUUAUCACCCCCGCCGCCCCUCCCCCCACCCCCGUAGGCAUUCAGAAUGGGUCGUCGACCUAGAUUAGCAGCCAUUCCAUUUGAACAUAGACACAGCAC